AUGAGAUGUCAAAAGAAGAAGAAAAAAACCUCCGCCAAGAAAACACGGCGGCAGAACCGGCGCGAUACGCAAUCGGAGACCUCAGAGAACUCCUAUUCACCGUCGAUCCCAGUUGAUGUCCUGAUCGAGAUAUUCUUGACGCUAUCGGUGAAGUCUAUAGCGACAUGUCGUUGCGUAUCGAAGCUCUGGUGCUCCACACUCCGCCGUCAAGAUUUCACCGAGUUGUUCUUAAGCAGCUCUUAUUCCAGAAGCCCGAAACUAUUGUUCGCAUGCAUAAAAUACGGUGACUUGCUCUUCUUCUCAUCAACUCAACCUCAAAAUCCGGAUGAGAACUCGUCUCCUGUAGUCGCUAGUCGCCAUGUGAAGUUCUCCUUUAAUGUUUCCAUUGACAUGAAUGACAUCAGUUUUGGUGUCCAUGGCUUCGUCUGUCUUUUAAGUUACCGAAUCUCAAGGGGAAAUAAGGAAAUAGCGCCGGUGUUAUGGAACUCUAGCACCGGACAAGUUGUAUUCUUAUCCAAAGUGAUGACGAGGAAAGGAGAUACGGUGAAGUGCUUCUUAGGUUAUGAUCCGAUUGGUAAAAAAUUCAAGGCACUGUCCAUGAAAAAGCAAGUAGGCGAUGUGUCGUGGGACCAACAUCAAGUUCUGACAGUAGGAACUGGAGGAAAAUCGACCUGGUCGUGGAGAACGAUCGAGUGUUCCAUACCCCACCAUUACGCUCUAACGGAACCGAUUUGCAUCAAUGGUGUUUUGUAUUACAUUUCUACUAAAUGGUCUACAAAGACUUGUGUAAUAGUGUGCUUUGAUGUUAGAUCUGAGAGUUUCAGCUGUAUGAAAGCCAAGGGAGCUCUCAAUGAAGCAUUGCUUAAUGGAGGAACUCUGGUAAACUAUAAUGGCAAGUUAGGCUGUGUGGUUCAGUCUGGACUGUAUGCAUUGCGUGUGAGAUUUGAUGGAAAAAGUAAGAGUUUCAAGCUGUGGGUACUAGAAGAUGUGGAGAAACAGGAAUGGUCUGAGCGUAUAUACAUAUUUCCUGCUGUGUGGAAGAACGUAGUCGGAGAAUAUGAUUUAAGCUUUGUUGGAGUGACUCGGACAAAUGAGAUUGUGUUCUCGCCGUUGUCUCCAGCAUACCCUUUUUACCUUUACUAUCUUAAUCUCGAGAGGAACACUGUCGUAAGAGUUAGAAUCCAAGGAUUGGAUACGUCCAACUGUGACCUAUGUUUCACUUCUCUAAACCAUCUAGAGGAUGUGAAGCUCUAUGGUAAGUGUUAG